AUGGAGUGGUCCUUCGUCAUGCUGUGGGAUUGGUGGACCAACUGUGAAGGUUGCGAGAUCAGUCAGCGUGAACUGAAGGAGGGUUCCCGCUACCCUGUGAGUUUGAUCCGCCUUUUCUUGGCCAAGAAGUCUUUGAGGGAUUGGCUCUGGAGGAACAUGGAGUCCAACUUCAUGUGGGAGUCCACGGUCAAGCAGUCCAUCAGGGAUGUGACCAAAGACUUGCCGACCAUGCGUCGCCACUUUGGCUUCUACGACGAUCCAAGUGCUCAGGUUGCAUUUGCUGACAGAGGCUCUUGGCCUGAGAGCGCAGACUUGUACGUGCAGCUUUUCGAGGCGGUAGUUUACGGCUACAAGUUUGACCACCACUUGGGGCAGAGCUUGAAGAACCACAAAACUGCCGAUGAUGUGUUCAACCAUUCUGAUGUGAAGCCAAUGAUGUCAAAGGUGCUGGUGGCCUACGAGAAAGAGACUGGGAGCACGCCUGACAUAGUAGAGGAAGAAGCUCCACUUGAUGUCCAAACUCUUCUUGCUGCUGACAAUGUUCACUUGUCGCUGCCGGAGUCCUUGAUCAAAGCUGCUGAAGAGUCUCCUGAUGGGAAGGACUUUGAGGGCCCUGCAGCUGUAGAAGCUGGAGUCCGUGCAGCUCAGCGCAGGGUGCAAGGGCAAAUUCAGUUCGUCGUUGACUGUGACGAAGGCUUGGCUGACUUGCUUCGUGAGACCAAAGCUGCGCAAAUGAAUGGGGACCCUGAGGCCAAAUCCUAUGUGGCUGUGGUGUUCGACGGCAAGGUUGCUUGCGAAUCAGGCAGUCAGGCCAAGUACCGCCUGCCACCUCUCCGUCAACCCCAAUUUAAAAGGUUGGUUGGGGCAUACUUGGCCCUCCGCGAUGGCGAGCUCGCCGAGGGCGAUAUUUUUGUCAUGCUGGACGGAGGCAAAGGUCCAACCUUUGAAGAUUCAGUCACCAAAGUUGUGGGCAAGAAGCUGCAAGCUUCCAAAACCACUGUUGUGUACACAUUUGAAAGUUGCGAGGCUCGUCUUGAAAGAGCUUCCAAGCAGACCCUGGACAUGGUGGAGACUGUGAGCAUGCUGACCCAUGAUGGCUUUUCGGCAAAGGUUCAACCUCGGCUUUUCUCGGAAUCCAACACUCGUGGCAACGCCAUUGCUGGUCUGGCCCGGCCGCAGUGGACUGAUGCGAAGGCAGUGUGGAACGUCUCCAUGGCGCAGAAGCGCUCCAUCCUGGGUCCCACAAAUAUGCCACUUCCAGGUGGUGCGUGUCCUGUUGAGCACGAGCAGGAGUCCAAGGUCAAGCACAGCGACGUUGUUCCUGCUUUUUACCAUGAAUCUCCUCACACUUUGGCGGCCGAGCUUGGGCACUACUUGUGCGUCAAGGCCAUCAUCGACUUGACCCCAGGCAGUGGGCACUGGGCAGCUUGGUCAGUCCGCAAGCGCGUGCCCUAUGCCGGCGUGUGUAUGACGGAGAAGCACGCAGAGCUCUUGACUAAACGGCUAGUCACCAAAACCGUGGAAUCCAUGAUGGAUCCCAAUGAUGAAGACUUGUACGAUUCCGCCUACACGGCCUUGAUUGAGAAGCUUCAGGGUGCCAACAACCAGCAGGAGGUGACUGAGGCUCAGAACCAAGGGACAGGGAAGGGCCGCGGCGGCCGUGGCGGCCGUGGUGGGAAGGGCACUGGCAAACAACGGGGUGUCCAGCAGCAAGACGGUGGAGCAGGAGCAGCAGAUGAGGCAAGCUCAGGAUCUGGUGGAUUGAGCCGAGAUGAGCUCUUGAAGAAGAUCACCGAGGCUGCUGCGGCUGGGGCCGCAGACGCUGCCUAG